UAUUGUUUAGUUAUAAUAUUUUAUAUUUUGUUUAGUAUGUAAAUAUAGUAAGAAGUUUUGAAUUUUGCAGCAUAUUUGAGGACCACCUCAGUGAAGUCAUCCCGGUUGUUCACACAUCUGUUGGAGGAUGUCGAAUUGUAGGCUCUAUGGUUGCAGGAAACAGACAUGGCCUUCUUGUUCCUCACACGACAACAGAUCCCGAAUUGCAGCACCUGAGAGAUCAUCUGCCAGAAAAAGUCAAAAUUCAGCGCAUAGAAGAAAGAUUGUCAGCUCUUGGUAAUGUUAUUGCCUGUAAUGACUACAUUGCUCUCGUCCAUCCAGACAUUGAUCGGGAAACAGAAGAAAUUAUACAUGAUGUAUUGCAAGUGGAAGUGUUUAGACACACUAUUGCAAACAAUGCCCUUGUUGGAUCUUACGCAGUGAUCUCUAAUCAAGGUGGCUUGAUCCAUCCUAACACCCCAAUGCAAGAAUUGGAUGAACUUUCUAUGCUUCUUCAGGUUCCUCUAGUGGCAGGCACUGUAAAUAGAGGGUCAAAUGGCUUAGCUGCAGGGUUAGUGGUUAAUGAUUGGUCUGCAUUCUGCGGUAUGGACACUACAGCAACUGAACUAAAUGUCAUUGAGAGCAUAUUCAAGAUAACGGAUGUUCCACAGUCUGCAAUUUCCACAACUAUGAGAAAUGCUCUAAUUGACAGCUUGGCAUAAUACCGUGGUAUUAUGUUGGCAAGGUCAUUGAAAGUAAGUGUGACUGUGGCAGUAUUAGUUUCUUUGAAUGCUCAGGUUUGUUGUGGGCAUUUGUUUCUUUAUGUACUGUAUAAUUGUGAUAAUUUUGCCAUUAUAUUUUGACAUAAAUGUAGCUGGUUAGGUUUUGUUAUUACCAUAAGCAUACAGUAUAAAUAAAAUACACUGUUACA